GUUAAAAUUAGGUACAUGACUGAAGUUGUACAAUUCAUCAAUAAAAAUCUGCCACUAUCGGUAAUUCACAUGGGUCUCCCAAAGUAUGACCUAGCUGUUGGGCUUACCAAGGGCCACAAGACCACAAAAAUUGAUAAUCCCUCCAAGAAGAGGCAGUCUAGGAGAAGAGGGACUGUUACAAAGAAGACUAGAUUUGUACGAGACCUUGUAAGGGAGGUAACUGGUUUUGCUCCAUAUGAGAGAAGAAUACAAGAAUUGCUGAGAAUUUCAAAGGACAAAAGAGCACUCAAAUUCUGUAAAAAGAGGUUGGGAAGUCACAUCCGAGCAAAGAAGAAGCGUGAAGAAAUGCAAGACAUGCUCCAAAAGAUGAGGAAGGCACAACAACAACAGAAAUAAUUUCAUUUUGUUGUUAUGUAUAUAGCCUGGGCAGUAAAGAUCAUGCCAGUC